CGAGUGGUUUAAUAUGGCGGAAAAUGAUGCUCUAGCUGCUCCGAGUCCGCGGGGUCGUGCGGACGGGGAGGACGCGGAAUCCCCGGAAGAGCGAAUGACAGAAACGCCGAGAGAUGAUCAGGAGCAGUUCGAGUGCCAGGAACUGCUGGAGUGCCAGGUGCAGUUGGGGGUACCGGAGGAAGAGGAAGACCCGGGCCCAGUGGCUGAGGCCGAGGCGGUAGCUGCCGGCUGGAUGCUCGAUUUCCUCUGCCUCUCUCUUUGCCGGGCCUUCCGCGACGGCCGCUCUGAGGACUUCCACCGGACCCGCGACAGCGCCGAGGGUACAAGGAACAGAAGGGCAGUGGUAUUUGUACAUGCACAGUUUGAAAAUGAUGAACGAAUUACACCCUUGGAAUCAGCCCUGAUGAUUUGGGCCUCAAUUGACAAGGAACAUGACAAACUUCAUGAAGAAAUACAGAAUUUAAUUAAAAUUCAGGCUAUAGCUGUUUGUAUGGAAAAUGGCAAUUUUAAAGAAGCAGAAGAAGUCUUUGAAAGAGUAUUUGAUGACUCGAAUUCUUGUGAGCCUUUAAAAAGGAAAUUGCUUAUGGUAAUAUCUCAGAGAGAUACCUUCCACUUCAUUUUUCAACACUUCAGCUACAGCCAAAUGAUGGAGAAAAUUAAGAGUUACGUGAAUUGUGUAAUAAGUGAAAAAUCAUCAGCCUUUCUUAUGAAGGCAGCAGCAAAAGUAGUGGAAAGUAAAAGAACAAGAACAACUUCUCAAGAGAAACCUGGUGGUAACAAUAUUGAACUGGAAACUGAAGCUAAUUUGGAUGUAGGGAAAAGUGUUACUACCAACAAACAGUCUGCCGUAACUGAAUCCUCAGAGGGUACAGUAUCCUUAUUGAGGUCUCACAAGAAUCUCUCUCGAUCUAAAUGGAAACACGGAAGCCAACAAGAUUUUAAUAAGAGAGAGGAAAGAGUGGAAACUCUUCAAAGUGGAAGAAAGGUAAAAAACAGACAUGCCACUGAAAGCAAGAGAAGACACAUUUCGAACAAUCAGCCGAUAACUUCUAAACCCCGUCGAUCUAGGAAAAAGCAGGCAUGGCUUUGGGAAGAAGACCACAAUUUGAGAUCUGGUGUGAGGAAAUAUGGAGAGGGAAACUGGUCUAAAAUACUAUUACAUUAUAAAUUCAACAACCGAACGGGCGUCAUGUUAAAAGACAGAUGGAGGACUAUGAAGAAGCUAAAACUGAUUUGCUCAGACAGUGAAGACUGAGUGUGUUUGUAAAAGGACAGUUAAAUAUUUUGAUCACGGAAUUUGUUUGAAACUUGGUGGUCAUUGAUGUAUCUUAAAAUUCGUGUCUAAAGCUUUACAGUAUCCUUAAAAUGUCACUUUAGUCUGAAGAUUGAUGCUAUGUGAGUAAGAUUUUAUGCCAUUGUUGCAUUCUUUAAGAAUCUUUUUCCUUUGAUAAAAUGUGAAUUUGUUGAGUCCUGGUGCUUUCAAUAAUUGUCCCCAAAUCCUGUCCCCCACCCCCAAAAAGUAAGAGAAAAAGUGUAUUUCUAUUAACUUGUUCUGUUUCUGUAGGCUGACUUCACAUAAAAACGUAAAGUGAUCUUAAUAUAUUAGUAACUAAUAUGCUUAUUUGUAGAAUGUAAAAAGUAAUCCAUGACUUGUAAUAUACUUAAAUUUUCCUUUGAGUAGUUUCAUAUAAGGGAGAAAACUUGAAAAUAGUAAUACCCAUAGAACAAAAUGUGUACUAUUACCAAGAAUAGCUUUAAGGCUUAUUUGGCUACUUUUAACUUUGUUUUAGUGUUAAAACUUUGAUAAAGAUGAUUUUAAAUCUGCCUUAUAAUCUGGUACCAUAAAUACCAGUUUCUAUGAAAUUUUCAUUUAAUACAUCAGUAUUGGGCCUAAGUAGUAUUCUGUAAAUGCUUAAAUUGGUAUUAACCAUGAUUAUUUGAUGUCUGUGAUAAAUGCUAAAUAAGCAAUGUCCUCAUACGUUACUGAACAGUUUUAGGUUUUCACCAGCAUUUUAUUCUUUAGAGGAUUUAGUCACAAAAUAAGAGCAUUCUUUGGCAUUUUGAGUCACGUGCUUUAUUUAAUGAGUGAAAAUACUGAAAUAUUGGUGUAUAGAAUUACAUGGUAGUAUUUAAUUUGUAUUUCAUUUCUUAUUAAAGUUGCAUAUGUCACUUUCC